CUCAACUCCAAUAUCUUGUUUUGUAACUUGUAACUCGUGUGUGUGUGUGUGCGAAUUUCGCGGUCUCCAUCCGUCCACACAUUGGUCUAUUUUUACGUGUCCAUUCCGCGACUUCGCGACUUACCUUACCCGAUUCGUCAUUACCGUCGUCGUCGUCGUCGUCAUCAUCAUCAUCCUCCUCGUCGUCGUCGUCAUUCUGUAAUCCUAUAUGUUCCAUUCCUACAUUCUCGUCUAUUCCCGUAUUCAUAUAAUUACGCGCAAUUUUUUGUGCGAUGCAAUCAUUCCGCCUUUCAUACUCGAACAGAGUCGAUCCGGACAGGAAUGGGACUCGCGUCGAGUCCUUCGAGCCUCCGAAGUUUUGGAAUCUCGACUCGAUCGGUACAAACGAUGAGAUGACGACGGAAAUGCGCGUUGAAAAAAAUGCAUGUCCGACCGGAGCGGUUUCUCGACACACGAGUGGGAGAAGGUGGGAACAGUGCGAAAAGCAUCCAGCUUGAAUCACGAUAUAUUCCGAGCACAGGUGUUCCGUUAAAAAAUUGUUAAGUCGUCGAGCCGAUAUGAAAUUAUGGUUUCAGGGGCACAGAAGUACGGCCUACGAUCAGCGGUCUUCUAGUAACGAAUUCUAAUAGUCUCCCAUAACGUAUGAUAUCCAUACGGCUCACAGGUGUAAUAAUUGGACUCAUUAAAUGCCGAGUGAUUUCGUAAGAAAACACACGUAAUUUAUAUACUUGCUCUGAUCUACAAACAACUCCGGUAUACGUCGGCUGAUGAUUGAUUCAACGUUCUUCGAUGAGAAUAUGAAAUCCGGUGAAAAAAAAAUAAAAAAAAAAACGCUGGAGAAUUGCGUUGGGCAAUCCGACCAAGGAUUUGGGUAAAAUUGUGAAUUACAAUCCUAUUCGUCCGGUUGAACAAGCCGGGCCUAUUCUCGGUCAUUGUUAUAGCGAGUUGUUAAUUUUACUGCCAUUUUGAAACUACGCCGUGCCUCCGGCAUAAAAUCCGUCACGUAAAUUGGUAAGGAUUAUUUUUAUAGAUAGAACGUUAUAUACCGGAUUUACCCGGCUUGCGUUUUAGGAGAGUGGCCGACUGGUCUUGUUGUUCAGACACGGUGAUUUCUUGCUAACUUCGCACCGCCGUUACCGCUGCUGGUGCUCUUGCCGUUGCCGCUGCUGCUGCUGCUGCUGUUGCUGCUGCUGCUGGCCUGUUUGCUGCGCUAAACGCACCUACUUGGCGUUCGAGUGAUUAACUACCCGUACGUCGUUCUCCAACGUGUUUCAGGUUCCAGGGAUGGGGAGGGAGCAUCGGACGCAGGGGAUAAGCGGGAGGAAAAAUUCCACCGGAAAAAAGGAGGAGUGAGAGAAGAAGUCAAUAAUCCGGGUAAGGUAAUAUCAAGGAUGGUUCAUCGAUCCUGAUUUUUUAUGUGUCUAUUUCUCCAAGAAAAUUCUGUGGAACACGAUAGUGAGAGAAUUCCGAACGUUGGCAAAUCCGGCGCUACGGAAUCCGCGAAAAAGGGACAAAGCAAAAUCGGCAGAGCCGGUACGGUCGACGGAGAUGGCGAACGGAAGUACGGUGCGAUUAAAUUCGAAAAAGUCGACGGAUCGGUCGAUGACAAGAAAACGGAGGAAGACGGACUCGACACGGGGGACAAGAAUCUUGACAAGAAUUCGGAUGGCACGAUUAAAAGCACGAAAGGGCGUGAAGGAUACGACGAUGCCGUUGACGUCGGGGGACGCGGCUCCGCGGGAGUGAGAGAGAAAACUGAAACUACCGACGGGACACCCGAGGACGAAAUCUACAAGGUCUACUCUCAGGAGGAGAAAGACGUUAUGGGGGUGAUGCGACCGCCUAAAGUCAUAGGGAUCUUCGAUUCCAUGGGGAACGGCAUAGUCUACGACAAGGAUUGCGAUGUACGGCUAAGCUACGAUCAAAAUGGUGGCGUUUUUCUGGACACUCCGAGCAAAGUCCCCUUUUCGUGGAAAUGGAAUAACUUUGAGACACCGCCGAUCGAGGAAGAGGUGUACGAGAAUCCCGCCACCGACGGACUGCCGCCGGAGUUUUUCGCUGGGAGAUUAAAAACUGCCGACAGCAAAUCCUCGAUGAAUUCAAAGUCCUUGAAGGUGACACAGUCCAGCGAAGUUGAUGAGCUUAAUGAACCUUCUUCCGGAACCCGGAAAUCCCAGAAAUCAGAAACGUACAUCGGAGUUUUGGAUAAGAGAUGAAAUUUCAUCAACAGCUGUCUUCCGAGUAAGAGAUUAGAGGUUGUUUCGUACACGACUGUUCAAUCAAUCCUCUGGUAAUGGAGAGAUAAACGAACCACCACGCGGCUGUUUCGGUUUCGAAAGAUUACAGGUGAAAAAAAUGAAGAAAGAGAAAAAGGGAAAAAUUGAUCUCUCCUAUACGUACCCGAUCGCUGCAACUACGGUAGUUUAUUCGUUAUUCAUAUAUAAUUAUAUCAAUACAUGUACGAAGCACUAAAAACUAUAGGUGAAGUGAAGCAGUAGGUGGGCUCCUGCGCUAGCAGCUAUGGUCUCUGAUAAUCGUAGAGUAGGUCAGCGGAACAGCGCCCAAAGCAAUCUACGUUCCUUGCUCGUUCCUAUAUUAUAUUUUAUACCUUUAGCGCCGCGUGCGUUGCUUCGUUUCGAUCUAUAACUCAUCGUUAUUUCAAAUUUAUCGGUGGUUUGCAGCCAUUUCCCCCUAAAAAUGUGGGGUGGUACGGUGUGGCUAUUCGGUCACCCUGAAUAGAGAAACUGUGCAGAUCUAAUUAUAGUCUAAAGCCUAUUUUGUUAUUCCAAAAUCUCACCAAUUUAGGGAUCUGCAUAAAUUUUCAAACUUUUCUUCUGCGUCUGUGUGACGUGUACAAUUAGGGAUAAAUUCAGGUUUCAGAAAAGGCCUAACUCAUAAAGUUACACCAGAAUUUGUCAUUAGGUAUACUUAAUUCUAAAAAUUAAAGUCACCUGGGAUCGUAAAGUAUAGUAUAAUUCCGGAACAAAUCUAUUUCUAAGGUGAGAAUUUUAUUUUUCCUAGAGUUUCGUUUGUCAUUGAUAAAUAUCACUGCGAAACGAAAAUAAAAUUGGAGAGUUUGAUCGCCACGAUUUGAAUGUUUCCUAGAUACAUCAUUCUUGCCUCUUUUCGUUUUUUCCCCCCUCAUUUUUAUUUUAUAGUUUCCGGACUUGUGUCGCCAAUAAGUUAUCGUGGAUUUCGGAUGGUCAUAAAAAGGUAAAAGCACGAAAACAUGACGCGACCGUAUUCGGUUCUCAUCUUGUUAUUUUUACCAACAGUUACGUCCUCGUUACUUUAUUAUAUAUUUAAUACUUUAUAAACAAAAUAAACAAACAUUUCACGGACCUACAUACCUAUAUACCUAUAAUUGAUUCGCACGCUGGUACGACCACGUUUACGCAGUCAUUGACAAUUGUAAAUUUUAUUUUUUUAUUUUAUUUUUUAAACAAACACCGCGCAUGUGGGAAAAUACAGUUAGGCAUUCGAGUUCAUGUAUGUGUGCCUAAAAAAUCCAUGUAAAACGCGCUUCCUUCAAUUUUCAUUCUACCAAUGAAAGUUAUACGACGAUAUUUCUGGGCCUCCUCUAUUGAGAAUGCAAUCGCAUCGACAGAACUAAAGUUCGCUUACACGUUUAUAAUAUGAAAUAUAGAGUUAUUGGUACUUAUAUGUAUAUGUAUAAUUAUUGUGCUUUUGUGACAACAAAGUUGAGGAGUUGAAUUGCAGCAAAGAAACUCGUACUUGACGGGGCCAACGACCCGCGUCGUGGUGACGUUCCAGGAAAACGGAACGAGCAUGGAAACGGGGAAGUUGAAGAAUCGAGCUGACGAUGGUGAUCACUUCCAUACUCGAGUAUGGCGCAGCUUUCCCGCCAGAAAAACUGUAAGAACCGUCGAUAUGUUACAGUUCCAAAGACGCCGACCUACAUAGUUCCGCUUCUGUAUCCACGCGCGUGUUGCUGCAGCCUCCUCACGCGCUGUCUCGAAUUGAACACGCGUCUCGAUGACCAUAUUUAACGCUAAUAUGGGUAAGUAUAGCGUAUACGUAUAUAUACGCGUGUACCAUGCGUAACAUCUUUCGCGAAUGAGGAAUGAUCCUUUUUUCUCGCCUCCUUUUUUACCAUCAUCAUCAGCAAUAUAGCACUCUGACAGAAGUGUAACAAGUGUGUAAUGGAAACGUGUGCAUAGCAUUGUUUUUUACCCGAAUCCGCAAAUCCUCGCGCUACCGGGCCAAUCAAGGAAAAAACCAAAAAAAAACGAAACUCGUCGAAACUCAGACGUAAGUGUACACAUCCGAUCAAUCAGAAGCUACCCUGAGUGCGCACGACGUAUGGACACUUCGACCGAAUUGAAGACAAAAAGAGUUAUAACGCGGUUCGCCGAGGUGAAAUGAUGAGAAAUUGUUUCACGUGAAAGAUGCGGCGCUGCGUUGUUCGUAUUACCUAUAUUCUAGGUACAGUAAAUACGUAUCUGUACACGUAAACUGCAACGCACGUAGUAUGCAGGUACAUCGGUAUACGCAUAUGUCAUAAAUCGAACGUGUGUUCUUGCAUUGCUUGCCACAGCGAGAUGUGUACAGUUCAACUGAAUAUAUUGUUAUAUUGUACGUACGUAGGUACGUACGUAUAACGUACAACGUACAACGUACAACAUACAACGUGUAACGUAUAU